UUGAGAUCCUGAGCCCCAGUUUUACGGCUCUGUCUCAACCAUAUCACUAAAAGAGGGCCUCCCCCAGCCAUGAUCUCUCCAUUACUCCUGGCCUUCCUAUUCCUGGCUCCAGCUACAGUGGCCAUUACCAGAGCUUCUGACAGCCAGUGUCCGGCAUGUAAAGGACCUGCCGUGGACUUGGAUCACCAGCGGGAGCUGCUUCUUGACCUGGCCAAGAGACGCAUCUUGGACAAACUGCGCCUCAGCCAGCGCCCCACACUGAACCGGCCUGUGUCCAGAGCUGCUCUGAGGACUGCGCUGCAGCGCCUCCAUGGGCCCCCACAGAGGACGCUUCCAGAGGCUGAUGGGGAACAGGAAUAUGAGAUCAUCAGCUUUGCUGACACAGGCCUCUCCAACAUCAACCAGACUCGUCUUGAUUUCCACUUCUCCUCUGACAGAACUGCUAGUGGCGUGGAGAUCCAGCAGGCCAGCCUCAUGUUCUUUGUACAGAUCCCUCCCAAUACCACCUGGACUCUGAAGCUGAGGAUCCUUGUGGUAGGCUUACGUGACACCAACCUCACCUUGGCCACUCGGCACCAGCUGGAGGUGGAUGCCAGUGGCUGGCAGCGGCUCUUCCUGGGGCCUGAAGCUCAGGCUGCCUGUAGUCAAGGCCACUUGACCCUGGAGCUGGUGCCUGAAAGCCAGGGAGCCCAGAGCUCCAUCAUACUGGGUGAGGCUGCCCAUAGGCCUUUUGUGACAGCCAAGGUCAAAGUUGGGGGCAAGCACCGGCUUCACCGGCGAGGAAUCAACUGUCAGGGUGGGUCCAGGAUGUGUUGUCGGCAAGAGUUCUUUGUGGACUUCCGUGAGAUUGGCUGGCACGACUGGAUCAUUCAGCCCGAGGGCUAUGCAAUGAACUUCUGCACGGGGCAGUGCCCACUGCACGUGGCAGGCAUGCCCGGCAUUGCCGCCUCUUUCCACACCGCAGUGCUCAACCUCCUCAAGGCCAACACGGCAUCAGGGACUGCGGGAGGGGGCUCAUGCUGUGUGCCCACGGCCCGGCGCCCCCUCUCUCUGCUCUACUAUGACAGGGACAGCAACAUUGUCAAGACUGACAUACCUGACAUGGUGGUCGAGGCCUGUGGCUGUAGUUAG